UUGAUGUUGAAAUUUUACGCAUCGAUAUUUUUUUAUAAAAAUAUAAAUAAAGAAUAUGCAUCCAAUACAUAGCAUUAGCGUAUCUUCGAAUGUAAUGGAUUCUUUAUUGAGAGAAUUUGAAGGAUAUAUCAAUUCAAAACGUUUAAAAUCUCGAAUCACCAAGAUCGUUGAUUUGAUCGAUGUGCUUUGGAAGCGUAAUGUAUUUUUAACUGAUCUUCAAAGUGUAACAAAUAUUAUUCAGAAAUAUUUACCAAAAACUGAACAACGGGAAAUAUGGAAUUAUUUAAGUAGUUUAGAUCCUAACGAAGGCAUUGCAAAUUCAGGAAACAGAUACGCAAAAAUUCGUCAAAAAACUGUAAACCAAUCGGCAUCACCUUCAAAUCACCAAAGUUCGUCGAUUCAAACAACACACGUUCAACAAUCUCAUUUGAGAAAUGCGCUCCCAAACACUGAAGAACCGGCACAUUUUGACAAACAUAAGGUUUUCACAGUCGUUUGUAAUGAGAUUGAAAACUGGCGAGACUUUGGCCGUUGUUUUGGUAUGAGAGAUGUUGACGUGAAUCGCAUAAAUCAAGACCGAGAACUCAACAAUGACACCAGACUGAUUACAAAUCGAAUUUUGGAGCAGAUGCAGGCCAUAUAUCGUGAUCAAUUCCCACAAAAAUUAUGUGAUGCUUUGAUUGAAGCCAGACGAAAAGAUAUUGUUAGACAAUUGAAUAAAAUGAAACUUAUUUAACUUUAUUUAUAAUAUUGAUAUAAUAUAUAUAAUAUUGAUUUUAGCAUUACGAUUUUUGAUUUCAUAAAAGACCUGGUUUGUAUGUAGAUGCAUAUCUUUUGAUGUCGGCAAUCCGGCCAAGGAGGGAUGAUUUCAGAAUUUUUAAACACCCUAACAAAUCAAAGGAAUUUCUCUCGUUGAAAAACCUUUUGAAAAAUGUGUAAGAAUUUUUUUCCUGAAAAUCUUUUUAAAAAAACCUAAAAAAAGGGAUUCAAAAUCAUAAUUGUUUUAAACCACAAAGUCGUUUACUUUAU